AUGGGCACUGGCGCUACGACAAUAACGAGGUCAAUGUCUAUAUCCGCUCCAGAUCAACUAGUACCCAUCCAAGACCAAGCCUCCCUACUGGACGUUGGUGUUCUCAACGACGCCUUCGCAACGACGUGGCUGGGACAACCGUAUCCCCGUUCGAUGACCAAGGACUUCGCGCUUCUUCCGUUCCGGACCGACGAGCAACCAACACUUGCCACUGACGCCAACCUGACGAGCUGGACCUGGUAG